GUAUAGAAGCGACUGAUUCGUCACUUCGUAUGACACGUAGCCUCGCAUCUAUACAAUAGCAGGUGGCAUUCAGAACUUUCUCAUUUCACAGUGGGUGGGUGUUCCUAGUUUGCACUGUAGCCUAGGCUGUAGAGACGCGCGAAUAGGCUACUGAGAGGAGAUCCAAUAGACUGCCCUGACUACACAGUAUACCGGCUAAAUGCCCAGCACCUGCAACUGUCUUCACACGACCUUCAGUCUUGUCCUGUUAUCUGCACACAGUAAUACAUUAAGGUAAAAAUAACGGCACACGGCAAUGAGCUCCUCUCUUCCCAAGAGCGAAUCUACUACCUCUCUGUUGAGAUCUUCAGCGGUACCGGUGAGUCGCAGAUCCGCACAUCAUUCUGAGCAUCAUGGGUCGCGCAGCCACCGCAGUCAUCAUCAUCAACCCGACGGAGGUAGCAGUGUACCUGACGAGCCGUGUUGGAGCGAUGAGUGCGAGGCAAGCGCGCGCAGACCGCUUUGUCAACCGAGGCAUGCUGGUGGCAGGACAGACAGGAAUGGAGGUGAUAAACGGGGACAUUCCCACCACUUCCAACAACACAGCAACCACUACGAUGACGGCUACAGACAGGAAGAAAUGAAAGAGCGGAUGGAUCGCAGUGGGAAAGACCGCAGUAAGUCGUCCAGACACCUCCACCCACACCACCACCAUCACAACACCUCCAAAUGUGACCUGCCGCCUGCGCAUCACCACGGGAACCCACGUCCGGACCGGAGGUCCUCGCCAACUCCAUCCUUUACAAAACAAUCCGACGAUACUGCGUACUUUUUUGAAUCAAAGGACAGAAUAAAUGCUGGGUCGUCCACGAGUAUAAACGCUGACCCACCGGCAUCGUCCACGCCAGUGCCCGGUCCCCUUACCAGCCGCACCGCCAAAAGACUCAGCACAGCUCCACCUGAACAUGACUCCAAUCUGCAUCCGAUAGUGAAAUCAGUCUUCGGGCAGGACCAGAAGAAGAACUACAGAGCAGUGCAGUCCUGUGAGGAGGGGACUGGGGGGGCCUAUCUUGAGCCACUAGUGGCUAUGGCUCAGAACGGAGGCAACAUGCACAACAUACUGGGGCCUGCCUGCAUCUUUCUACGCAAGGGCUUCGCUGAGAGCCGGCAGGCUAAGAAGGAUAGAGAGCUGAGGCCGGAGGAGAUGGAUGAGUUGCGCGAGGCUUUUAAAGAGUUUGACAAAGACAAAGAUGGCUUCAUUGGCUGUAAAGACCUAGGCAACUGCAUGAGAACCAUGGGCUACAUGCCUACUGAGAUGGAGCUGAUAGAACUGAGUCAGCAGAUCAACAUGAACUUGGGAGGACAUGUGGACUUUGAGGACUUUGUGGAGUUGAUGGGGCCCAAACUUCUGGCUGAAACAGCAGAUAUGAUCGGGGUCAAGGAGCUAAGGGAUGCUUUCAAAGAGUUUGACACAAAUGGUGAUGGCCAGAUCAGCACAUCGGAACUCAGAGAAGCAAUGAAGAAACUUUUAGGUCAACAGGUUGGUCAUAGAGACCUAGAGGACAUCCUACGGGACAUUGACCUGAAUGGAGACGGCCAUGUAGACUUUGAAGAGUUUGUGCGCAUGAUGUCUCGCUGAGUUUAGGUCAUGAUACCUUUCCUGGUAAGAGAGGAAGAGAAGGAGAAGAAGAAGUGAAGGAGAGGCAGAGAUGGCAGAGCCCUUACCGACAGACCUCUUACCUCAGACUUCUGAACUACAGAAGGAGAAAACGACAUAUCAACCCCGCUCUGCUACUGCCACAUUUGAAGACAUGCACAGAAGCUGAAGGAACAACAUCAGUGAUCAUGAUGAUGCUGUUACUGCUGUCUCUAAGAGCAAAACAGAACAACAGCCAGCCUCCCACAGUUUUACAUUGUACAUUUCAGAUAUUAGAGAAAACAUAUCUAGGUGUUUACAGGGUCUAAAGAGCAAUGUGAUGUUUGAGCUACUUACACUCAUUGCCAUGGUUGGUUAAUGCUGUAGCAAAGUAAAGGAGACACAUUUACAUUUUUAGCACUUUCUUUCUUCUGCCAACGUCUCCUAUAACUAUUCUAAAGCAGCAUAUUCCCUUCUGGGGCUUUGGACUCCUAAGAUCAACUUUUUAAUGGCAAUAUUAUUAUAUCAGUGUACCAACUCUCAAAAUAUGUAUUGUUUGUAUGUGCGUUCUUGUGUGUUUUUGCACCUCAAUUAUCCUUUACUGUAAGAUUCCAUAUGUCUUAAGCUACUGUACAGUUAGUGUCAAACCCAUGGCAUAUGCUGGCUCUAUCUUGAAUUACAUGCCAUGUAUUACCACGGAUGCACUUUUUUAGAUUUUAUCAUUAUCAACACAUAUCGAGUUACAUUAUACGAGUUUUGAACAGAUGGGUUCCUGCUUUGAUAAAUGGAAGAUCCGUUUCAUGAGAACCGAAUACUCUGGGGAAUGCGGUAGCAAUCAUAAUUAAUUGGUCUUCUUCUGGCCAAGCCAAUACACUGUUUUUCACAUUGUUUUGCAUGAAUACUAAGAAUGCAUGCUCCACUUAUGAUUUAACCAGACACACUGUCACUUCCCAUGCAAAUAAACAAUGUGCACCACAAACAAACAUACACACAGUAUAUUAUUGUGGUGAUCAACAUAACACUGAAACCUGUGUGAGAAUGUGUGUGUCUGUGUAUGUUUGUGCGAGCGUGUGUGUGUGUGUGUGUGCGCGUGUGAGAGAUCAGUGUGUAUUUAUGUACUGAUGAGAGUGUUUAUGUAUGAGUGCUUGUGUGUUUUUUUGUGCGAGUCUCCCUUAGGCAGUCUUAAUUGUGACUUUGCACGUGUCUUACUUGUGUGAUUCUAUGCAUGCCAAAUAGUAAAACAAUGUGUAGCAUAGUAGAUGAGAAUAAAGAUUUUUGUUGCAAAAA